AGGAAUUAUUUGGUUGAAAACUUGCUUGUUGCACUUUUAAAUUUGUGAAAAUAAAUUGGAUUAAGUAGUACUUUAUAUAAUUUGUUUAAUAUUUUUGAAAAUGAAAGCUUGGAAAGAAUCAGCUUGUCUAAUACUAGCAGCUCAAAAAGGAUUAAAUGUCAAAAGCUCUUUUAACUACAGUUUGCUGUUACUUAAAAGACAUCCAAAUACAAAAUUUCCUGGAAGUUACGUAUAUCCUGGAGGAUUAAUAGAACCCGCGGAUGGUCAUUUAAAAUGGCAGAAACUUUUUGAGAAUCAAGGUUGUAACAAAAGUAGUUUUGAUUCACUGUUUACAAAUUCUACAAAAAAAUUAGAAAUUUUUCGGGAAGUCAAACACGAAUUACCUAGACAAAUUUCCCUGAGGAUUAGUGCAAUACGAGAAACAUUUGAAGAAUGUGGGGUGCUAAUAUGUAAAAAACCAUCAGAUCACUGUGAGCUCCCAAUCCAACCAUGUGACUUACAAAUUCCAAAAGAGGAAUUGAAUUUUUGGCAGAAGAAAGUUCAUAAUGAUGCCAAUGAAUUUUUCAACAUGUGCGAAAAUUUCAAAUGUCAUCCAAAUUUAUGGGCUCUCCAAGAAUGGAGCAAUUGGCUUACUCCAACGUUUUUUCAAGCUCGUUUUGAUGCAGUAUUUUUUUUUACAAUGUUAUCCAAAAUUCCAGAUAGUAAUCUUGAUUAUGUAGAAAUGCAAGAACUUCUUUGGAUUGAGCCAAAAGAAAUGAUGGAAAAUCCCCUUAUAUGGAGUGCUUUACCACCUCCUCAACAGUACACAGCUAUUGAAAUGUCAAAAUAUAAAAAUUCAAACGAAUUAUUGAACGCAAUGGAGCUUAAAUCCAAGAGAGAAAUUAAACGAAAUUUACCUAUGAGUGUUAUACUAAAAAAUGGAUCAGUACAUUUACUACCAGGAGAUUCCAUGUAUCCAGAUAAUAUAGAUCCUUGUAAAAAAGAAGUUAUUGAUAAAACAAACCUGACCAUUGAACAAUUCCGAAAUGAAGCUCAAAAAAUUCAUAGAUUGGAAAUAUUCGACAGUCCAGAUAUAAAAAAUAAUUUAUUGAGUAAAUUUUAGAAAAAUCGAACGAUAAUAAAAUUUUUUUAUCAAA